AUGGCCACAGUACUCGACGCCGCCCAGGGCGCGGAUACGGCUUUUUCUGAGAUACCAGUCAUAGACCUCUCCGCUAUACACAACGCAGAUUCAGACCCGGCCGAGCGAACAAAGGUCGUCGAUCAAGUCCGCGACGCGUGCAUCAGAGCCGGGUUCUUCUACGUGAAGAACCACGGUAUUCCGGAAGACAAGAUCACGGCUGCGUUACAUGCUAUGAAGACAUACUUCGCUCUUCCACUUGAAGAGAAGAUGAAGCUAGAUAACAAGACCACACCCAACUUCAAGGGGUAUAAUGCUGUUCUCACGAGUCACAACGAUCCAUUAAGUCAAGGCGAUAUGCACGAGGGAUUCGAGUUCGGUUACGAAGCCUUUAACGGCUCUAGUCACAGUCCUGAGAAGGAUGGUGCUAUGGCUGGCGCCAAUGUAUGGCCAGACUCUCCAGUUGGCUUCAGGGAGGCGCUGCUUGACUACUACCACGCAGCUGUAAGCCUGGGCCACUUGAUGUUUCCGCUGUUUGCGCAAGCGCUGGAACUGCCCGACAACUUCUUCAAGGCUAAGACGCUGAAUUCGGCCGCCCUCAUGCGUGUGCUUCAUUACCCCCCUCAAACCGGCCCAGUCGAUGACAGAGUCGUGGGAAUUGGUGCGCAUACAGACUGGGAGGUCUUUACCAUCUUGUGGCAAGAACCUGGCAUUCAAGCCCUGCAAGUCUUAAAUAGCGACAAGAAAUGGAUCGAAGCGCCACCAAUCCCAGGGACCUUAGUGAUCAAUUUGGGAGACCAGUUGGAAAGGUGGACGAACGGCAUCUUCAAGUCGACCGUGCAUCGUGCGAUCAACCGCAGCGGCGUGCGUCGCUACUCGAUCCCGCUCUUCUUUGGCGUGGACUACGAUGUCCGACUUGAGCCCAUCGCGAGCUGCGUCAGCGAGGAUCGGCCAUCGAAGUACGAGGUUGUGACAGCCGGUGACUACGUCAAGCAGCGCUUUGAGGCCACCUACGGUCACAAGCACGACACAAAGUCCUACUGA